AUGCCGCCCCCCAAUUUCCAUGAGCAUAUCCAGGUCGAUACAAGUGACGAAGACUCUCUCUACGAUGCCGAUUCCAUAGCUGAUUCGAGUCUCUCGUUCGCCUCGACCGUUCGGGAUUACUACUAUGAAAAUGGCCGUCGGUACCAUGCCUACCGGUACGGCCAGUACCCAAUACCCAACGAUGAAGAGGAGCAGGAUCGCCUAGCCAUCACCCACCACCUCUUCAAGCUUCUCACUGGGGGCGACCUAUACCGCACCCCUCUGGCCCAGCAGCGACCACCAAAGCGGAUUCUCGAUAUCGGCACAGGUACCGGUACCUGGGCGCUGGAGAUGGCUGAGGAAUUCCCAGAGGCCGAUAUUGUUGGCACUGACCUAAGUCCUAUCCAGCCAAACUUCUCGCCGCCCAAUUGCACAUUCAUCAUCGACGACGCAGAGAGCGAUUGGGCGUUCACCAGGGAUGAGGCCUUUGACUAUAUCCAUGCCCGCUCUAUGGGUGGUGGUAUUGGCGACUGGGAGCAGUUGCUUAAGCAGGCAUAUAACCAUCUCAAGCCCGGUGGCUGGAUUGAGUUCCAAGAAUUCGAAGUCGGCAUACGCUCAGAUGAUGGCACCCAUCGAAAGGCACCAUUGCUUCUGGAUCUAUCUAAGAAACUAGAUGACGCCAGCAAACAAUUCGGAAAGCGGAUGAGCAUCGCUCCCUCGCUUGCAGAGUGGCUAGAGGGAGUUGGGUUUACCAACAUUACGGAAGAUAUAUACAAGUGUCCAGUAGGCACGUGGCCCAAGAGUCCGCGUCUCAAGGAGAUUGGCCGCGUCGGCAAGCUGUCAGUAAUCGAAGCCAUCGAACCAUAUUCGCUUGCACUCUUCACUCGAGUACUUGGCUGGUCCUACGAAGAAGCGCAAAACUACGUCAAUGAAUGCCGCCGGGAGGUAAUGAAUUCGUCAUGCCAUAUAUAUGUGUUCUUUUAUUAUGUCUAUGCCCAACGACCUCUGGAUGAUUCAUGA